AUGAGGAUUCGAGUCCGGGGGCCUGCUGGACAGUCCACUGUCAGUCUGGAUGACACGGCCACCGUCGACGAUCUGCGCACUCAAAUCGUGGACAAAACUGGCCUGACAGCAUAUGAUGUUAAAUACGGGUAUCCUGAUCUGAAGCCCCUUGAGCUACAUGGUUUCCAACCAGGCCAGAAAAUCACAGAGAUUGGAGUCAAUCUGAACGGUGAACAGCUUCUUGUCACCAACAAAGAGGGCUCGAUCCAUACACAAACACCUAGCACCAGUCACGACAAUGACGCUAGAGCCACCUUCCAGAAAAAGCCACCUGAGCAAUUCUCGCUGCCACGCAAGUCGCACGAGGGUGUUUCGGACGACCCCCCUGAGAUACCCUCGCCCGAGCACUCGGGUACUUUCGUUCUCCGCAUUAUGCCCGAUGAUAAUUCGUGCCUCUUCCGCGCGGUGGGUAGCGCAAUCAUGGGAGGGAUGGAUACUAUGACUGAGCUUCGAUCAAUCGUUGCCCAAACUAUCCAAUCAAACUCAGAACUGUACUCAGAAGCUGUCCUUGAGAAGAAACCAGAUGAUUAUUGCCGCUGGAUCCAAAAUGAGAACUCGUGGGGUGGGGGCAUCGAGCUCAGCAUCCUGAGCAAACAUUUCGAUAUCGAGAUAUGCUCGAUUGACGUACAGACACUCCGGGUCGAUCGCUUCAACGAGGGUCCACCAACACGGUGCAUCAUGGUCUACUCGGGAAUCCACUACGAUAAUAUUGCCCUGUCACCGUCUGAUCCGCCUUUCACUCACGCCUAUGCCCCUCCGGAAUUUGAUACAAAGGUUUUCGAUGCGGCAGAUCCGGUAGUACUGGAAAAAUCAGUGGCGUUAUGUACUGUGCUCCGAAGCAAACACUACUACACGGACACUGCCGGCUUUCGCAUCCGCUGCAACACCUGUGGUGGUACCUUUGUCGGCGAGAAAGGAGCUACCCAGCACGCAGCGCAAACGGGUCACUACGAUUUUGGUGAGGCUGGUUAG